GCAGUGAGAGAAAGAGGGGGUUACAAAGGAAGCCUAAAGACAAGGAGAUUGACAACAUCAAACAGAUUCAGUUAAGCAAAGAGAAAGUAGAGAGAUGUGAAAAAGAAUUAACAUUGAGGAGAAAAAAAUACAAAACAAAAUAGAAAAAUUGGAUAAAUACCGAUCAUUGUGGAAAAUAAAGAGUUGUAGAUAAUGAAGCCAUGGAUCAUACUGUCGCUGCUGUUGGUUGGACUAUAUUUUGAUCAGUCAUCUGCAGAUGGGGAAGAUACAGAACUGUCAACUGAAAGUAAGAAAGAAGAAAUCCAGGUUUCCAUCACAGGACUUAAAGUGGAGAUUUCCUGUCCUAAAGAAGGAGAUUCACUAAAAAAAAUAACAGAUAAUGACCCAACUGGUGGCAAGCCUGUGGGAGACUCCCUGGAUAAGUAUACCUCAGAUAAAAAUGGGUUGUACCAAUGUGACAAAGACUAUCUUUAUCUACAUGCCUACGUAUGUGAAACCUGCACUGAGGUCACUGUUGCGAUGUUGGUUAUUUUUGUGAUUGCCGAUUGCCUGAUCACAAUAGGAGUUUGUCUUAUUGUGUAUAUGUUCUGCAAGAGAAAACCUGGUCAAGUCAGAGAGAGUGGAUAUAGUAAAGGAGCUCGCAAUAAAGGAAACAAAGAACGUCCCCCACCUGUUCCCAAUCCUGAUUAUGAGCCAAUCCAGAAAAGAAGACAAGAUGUAUACGAUGGAUUAAACCAAGGCUUAAAAUAAUUUUGUCAAUCUGCUCUUGCUUUUGUUUGUUUUUUCUCCCAAGUUCACAUGUAAAAAGAUUAUAUUAUCAAGUCUUUGUAAACUCAUAGCAAUCUCUCACAGUCUCAUCAUACACAUCCAGGCUCAGGCUAAGUUUCUACCUGUUUUAUUUUAUUUAUUUUUUUAAAUGCCAAGAAAAAGGCCAAUUCUGACGCAUGGCGUUUUUUCAGCCAAGAUGCGGCCAGAUGUUAGCUGUAAAUCAAUGAGAAAUUGCAAAAUUCUUUUUCCACUUGGUGUUUUUCAGUUCGGCUUUUUUUUAUCCUCUUGGAGAUUUUUUUCACUCGUUUUUCGUUUUGCAAAAUCACAGCAUGUUGAGCCACUGGCGUUUUUUUCCCCUGAAAUCGUGGCGUUUUUCUCCCAUAGAAGUCUAUGGGAGUAAAAAUCGCCAUGUGGGUUUUAACAUUGGUGUUUUAUCAGGCGGUUUCUAUUCUCUUUUGGACUUUAGGGAUCCAAAAAAGUGAUGGAGAUACCUUUUUUAAUAAAAUUUUGUAGGGUACCAUUUAAAAAAAAUUAUAAAAAAAAUAUAUAGUAGUGAUGGAAAAAAUUGUAUUUAACGAAAUUUAUCUUUUUUAUAACAACAUUUUUAUUCAUUUUUAAACAGGGAUCAAUUCAUGUGGGCGGGCAGGGCACUAAAAAAUAUAGCCGAUAAUAAUAAAAAUGUAGUGUGUGUGUGUUUUUCACUU